AUGAAGUUCUCCUUCGCUGCCGCUACCGCCCUUCUUGCUGGCGUUGCUGUUGCCGCUGUCCACCCCGGCUCCGACGAGAGUGCCGAGCAGUACACCACUGUCGAGGUCACCGAGUACACCACCUACUGCCCCAAGGCCACCACUCUUGUUGCCGGCUCUGAGACCGUCCCCGUUGAGACUCCCGGUGUUGUCACCCUCUCCAACGGCCCCUACACCGUGACCCGCCCUCUGCUCACCACCACCGUCACCCGCUGCAAGGCCUGGCAUGACCACCCCUCUUCUCUAUGCGCCUAA